AUGAGUGUAAAUACAAGUAAGAAAGGUUAUAAUAAGUAUAUGGAUAAAAGAAUGUACUUGAAUAAUAAUAAUAAUAGUAAUAAUAAUAAUAAUAAUAAUAAUAGUAAUAAUAAUAGUAAUAAUAAUAAUAGUAAUAGUAGUAACGUGAAUCAAAAAGAGAAGAUGCCACAAGGUCAGAAUAAUAGUAAUUGUAAUAGUAAUAAUGAAGAGUAUCGUAAUUUAAAGAAAGAUGAUAAUAUGAGUAAUGUUGUGAAUACAAGUGAGAGACGAAUUUUAUUUUAUAAAACUAAAAUAUGUCCUUGGUAUAUUAAAGGAAAAUGUGAAAGAAGAAAAACUUGUUUAUAUGCUCAUGCUCAAAAUGAAUUAAGAGAAUUACCAAAUUUAUGUAAAACAAGUUUAUGUCCUAAAUUAAAAAUAAAUGAAUUAUGUAAUGAUAAAAAAUGUAAAUAUGCUCAUACAAAUAUAGAAUUAAGAGCAACAGAAAAUUUAUAUAAAACUGCAUUAUGUGAGAGUUUUAUUAAAGGUAAAUGUUUUUCUGGACAAUUUUGUAGAUAUGCUCAUGGUCAUAAUGAAUUAAGAGAAAACCCCAUGGAAAUAACUGAUAAAAAUAUUAUUAUUGGUACUAGUAAAAAUAAGAGUGAUAAGCAAGAAUAUGAGAAGAAAAAGAAUUCUAGUAAUAGUAGUAACAACAACAGCAAUAAUAGCAAUAAUAGCAAUAAUAGCCACAACAGCAAUAAUAGCAAUAAUAGCCACAACAGCAAUAGUAAUAAUAUGAAUCAUCAUAUUAAUAGCAAUAGUAGUAAUAGUAGUAAUCAUAUUAAUAAUAAUGUGGAUUCAAGUAAAAGGAACGAAACCUAUUGUAUAUUUCCAAAGAAGAAAGAAAUAUAUUUUAAUAAAGUUAAUGCAUUGACAGAAGAUGAUGGAAUUUAUGAUAUUACUGAAACAAUUGAUCCUCAAUUAUUAAAUGAUAGUAAUACUGACAAUUCAUAUGAAUGUAAUAAAAAAGGUGCAGCGGUUAUAAGUUCUAAUAAUGCUAAUAAUAAUACGCCUACUGAGUAUGUAUUAAAAAAUGGAAUAAAGAAUGCUAAGAAUAAUAUGAGCAAUAAUAAUAUAAAUGCAAAUAUUAAUGUUGUUAAUAAUGGUAGUGCUAGUGUUGCACAUAUGAAUCAUAUGAUGUUCAAUAAUAUGCAUCACAUGAAUGGAAUGAAUCAUAUGAAUGGCAUGAAUCAUAUGAAUAGUAUGAAUCAUAUGAAUAAUAUGAAUCAUAUGAAUGGUAUGAAUCAUAUGAAUAAUAUGAACCUUAUGAAUAAUAUGAACCAUAUGAAUAAUUUGAACCAAAUAAAUAAUAUGAACCAUAUUAAUGUGAAUAUGAAUAGUUUUAUUAAUGGAAACAUGAAUCACAUGACCGUGUUAAAUCAUAUGAACCCAAUGAAUAUGAACAUGAAUCUAAAUCAUAUGAAUAAUAUGAAUAAUUUGAAUAAUUUGAAUCACAUGAACUUUAAUAUGAACCCUAUGAAUUUCAAUAUGAAUCAUAUGAACCACAUAAAUAACAAUAAUAAUAGUAAUAAUUGUGGUAAUGGUAUUAUUCCUCCUGUUAUGAAUACAUCAUUAGAAAAUUAUAACAAGGCAGAAGACAAUAGCAAAUUCAACGAAGAACAAUUUUUGAACGACAACUUAAAUGUAUUAGGCUUUCUUGAAGAAUCUACAUGUGGAGAAAAAUUUGGAAGGUGUUCAAGUACUAACAAUUUGUUAACCGAUAUAAAUAGUACGAAUAAACAAGACAGUAGUAAUUUUACAUAUAACAACUGCACAAAUAUAGAUGGCAUAUAUAAUAAUAAUAUGAAAUAUAAUAAUAAUAAUAAUAAUAAUAUGGAGGACAAUUUUAAUCAGUUUAAUAACAAUAAUGCAGAGAAAUUUAAUUAUGAAGAUUUUUUCUUUGGAACUAUUUCGAAUAAUCAUUCUAAUAACAAUACAUUGAGCAAUAAUAUUAUAUUAAAUAACGAUGAGGUAUUACAUAGUAGAACUCAAGCAUUAAACAGUUAUAUUAUGAAUGAUGAUGUAAAUAAUAAUACAGCACCUUCAACCGGAAGAGAAAGUAGUAACAAUGAAGAAAUCUUAAAUAAUAAAAUGGUAAUAAAUAAUGAUACAUAUAAUAAAGAAAAAGAAAAUAAAACAAAUAACAAUACAACAAAUAAUAUUAAUAAUAAUUCUGAAAAUAAUGUAGUUACAUGGGAGGAUUUUUCUUUAUUUGGAAAAUCUAAAGCACCUAUCUCAGAAAAUGAUUACUUUAAAAUUUUCAACUAUGGAAUAUGUAACAAUGUGGAUAAUAAAUUGUAUGAAAAUUGUGAUGCAUAUAAAAAUGACAUUGAAAAGUAUGACAAAUCUUUAUUUAUUCUUUAA